AUGGUGGUUCAGAAAGAAAUUGAUUUAAACAAACCAUUAGACGCCAAUGCAGCACCGGUAUUGGCCAAAACAACUUUGAAACCGGAGUUAUCAAAGGCCGCCAUUGUUUUGCACGGAGAUCGUUACAAACAAUUACAAGCGAAGUUAACUAAGUAUGUUUUAUGGCAUCCAAUUUCAAUCGUUGUUUAUACGACAGUACUUCCAGUAGUUGUUGGGUAUGCCUUGUGGGAUUAUAUUAGUAUCAGCGACCACUUGAUUGAGUUCUACCAUAUUAUGAUGAAAGAAAAGAAAGAUUUCAUAUUUUCCUUCUUCACUGCGUUCCCGUUGUUUGCCAGUGUUUUUGCUUCCUUUGGAUUUUUAGCCUACAUUGUUGGGGAAGAUAUGGGGAUUAUUACUUCGAAAUUCUAUGCACAAAAGUAUUGUGAUUAUAUAUUCGGAUUUGAUAUCAAAUCAUAUUCACAAAACGAAACUGGUAAAGACAAGAAAUUGACCAGGAAAAGUCUAGACACACAAUUAAUUGUUUAUCGUGACUCACCUAUUGCUAUUUGUUCAUUAGUUGUUGAUGAAACCCAGUCAAGUGCAGCAAAUUUCAUUGUGAAAAUCACUGGUAUUCAUGUGAGAAAGGUCUUUCAAAAAGUUAACUUUGACGAAGUCUUAAUUGAUUGGGCAGUUGUCAGAGCCAGAGAAUUAUACCAGGAAUUUCUCACUUCAAAAAACAUAAAGACUCCUCCAGAAAACAGUUCCAUUUUAAUCACCAUAGACGCUUAUUCGUUUGACAAUGCUUUCGAGAAAACCUUGUACAACCAUGGUUUUAGAAUUUUGGAUUCUUCAUUUGAAUUAAAUCCUUUUAGCCCAGCUGUUUCCUGGUAUAAGGAGAGAUUGUACAGAUUCUUAAAUGUUUCAAGAGACUCAUUUGGAUUAAUGUUAACUAUUGCUAAAGACGAUAUCGAAUCAAUCAACAGCGAUACCAAGCAAAAUAACCAAAGUAAAAUCAAAAAAAGACAUUAA